UUGCGUAAUCCACAUGUUGCGUCUGGUUGGCAGGUCGUAUACACGCAACGCUUACAAAUCUCAAACUGAAAGAAAAGUAACGCAAAAUGUCGUCGCAAAAGGAUAAGCAAACUGUUGUAUUUGAAGAUGACGAUCUCCCAUAUGAAGAAGAAAUCAUUCGAAACCCAUAUUCAGUGAAGUGUUGGAUGAGAUAUAUUGAGUUCAAGCAGAAUGCUCCUAGAAGUUCACUUAACAUGAUUUAUGAACGGGCAAUCAAAGAGCUGCCUGGCAGUUAUAAGCUGUGGUACAACUAUCUGCGACAGAGAAGAAAACAGGUGAAAGGAAAGUCUGUGUUAGAUCCGGCCUUUGAGGAGGUUAACAACUGCCAUGAGAGAGCCCUCGUGUUUAUGCAUAAGAUGCCUCGAAUUUGGCUGGAUUACUGUCAGUUUUUGACGGAUCAGAGUAAAAUCACCAGAACCCGACGUACCUUUGAUAGGGCUCUCAGAGCGCUUCCAAUCACCCAACACCGUAGAAUUUGGCCACUUUACCUAAAGUUUGUCCGCAAGUACCCCUUGCCAGAGACUGCAGUUAGGGUGUACCGGCGAUAUCUGAAGCUGUGCCCUGAAAAUGCAGAAGAAUACAUUGAGUAUUUGAAGUCCAUUGAUCGCCUAAAUGAGGCUGCAUUACGUCUUGCUGCAGUUGUGAAUGAGGAGACAUUUGUAUCAAAAGAAGGGAAAUCUAAUUAUCAGCUCUGGCAUGAACUGUGCGAUCUUAUCUCUCAAAAUCCAGACAAGGUCAACUCCCUGAAUGUGGGUGCAAUCAUCCGAGGUGGACUGACUCGCUUCACAGACCAAUUGGGCAAGUUGUGGUGCUCAAUGGCUGACUAUUAUAUCCGAAGUGGGCACUUUGAGAAGGCUCGUGAUGUGUAUGAGGAGGCAAUUCAGACUGUUGUUACUGUGAGGGAUUUCACUCAGGUCUUUGACAGCUAUGCACAAUUUGAAGAGAGCAUGAUUGCAGCCAAAAUGGAAACCACAUCUGAACUGGGGCAAACAGAGGAUGAGGACAUCGAUCUAGAGCUUAGACUUGCUCGAUUUGAGCAGCUCAUUACCCGGCGCCCACUGCUACUCAACAGCGUGCUACUACGGCAAAAUCCGCACAAUGUUCAUGAAUGGCACAAGAGGGUCAAGUUGUUUGAAGGGCAACCUCGAGAGAUCAUUAACACUUACACAGAAGCUGUCCAGACAGUGGAUCCAAUUAAAGCUACUGGAAAGCCACAUACGAUUUGGGUGUCCUUUGCCAAAUUUUAUGAGGAAAAUGAACAAAUCGAUGAUGCAAGGACUAUCUUUGAGAAAGCCACCAAAGUUAACUACAAACAGGUAGAUGACCUUGCUUGUGUCUGGUGUGAAUAUGGGGAAAUGGAGCUGAGGCAUGAGAAUUAUGAUGAGGCUUUGAGGAUACUACGGAAAGCUACAGCUGUUCCUGCACGGAAAGCAGAAUAUUUUGACUCCACUGAACCUGUCCAGAAUAGAGUGUACAAGAGCCUAAAGAUCUGGUCAAUGUUGGCAGAUUUAGAAGAGAGCUUGGGAACAUUUAAGUCUACCAAGGCAGUGUAUGACCGCAUCAUUGAUCUGAGGAUUGCUACUCCACAGAUUAUCAUUAAUUAUGCCAUGUUUUUGGAGGAGCAUAAUUACUUUGAAGAAAGCUUUAAGGCAUAUGAAAGAGGGAUUGCACUCUUCAGAUGGCCCAAUGUGUAUGACAUCUGGAACACAUACCUGACCAAGUUUACUGAUCGUUAUGGUGGCAAGAAACUUGAGCGAGCCAGAGAUCUUUUUGAGCAAGCACUGGAUGGGUGUCCACCUAAAUUUGCCAAAACCAUUUACCUACUGUAUGCCAAACUUGAAGAAGAGUAUGGCCUUGCCAGGCAUGCUAUGCGUGUCUAUGAGCGAGCAACACAAGCAGUUGAACCAGCUGAGCAGUAUGAAAUGUUUAACAUUUACAUCAAAAGAGCAGCUGAGAUUUAUGGGGUCACCCGCACCAGGAGUAUCUAUCAAGAUGCCAUCACGGUUCUACCUGACGAGCAUUCCCGUGAAAUGUGUCUGAGGUUUGCUGACAUGGAAUGCAAGCUUGGAGAGAUUGAUCGAGCUAGGGCCAUUUAUUCAUACUGUUCCCAGAUGUGUGAUCCACGGGUGACUCCAGCUUUCUGGCAGACCUGGAAAGAGUUUGAGGUUCGUCAUGGCAAUGAGGACACCAUACGUGAACUUCUUCGCAUUAAGCGCAGCGUGCAGGCCACCUACAACACACAGGUCAACUUUAUGUCCUCGCAAAUGCUGAAGGCUUUUUCCAAUGCCACUGGUACAGUUUCGGACUUGGCCCCUGGACAAAGUGGCAUGGAUGACAUGAAGCUUCUUGAGCAGAAGGCUCACUUGCUGGCUGCUGAGGCUGCAAGAGAAAAAGUGACUACAAAGGAAAAGAUUCUGUUUGUCAGGGGUGACGAAUCACGCAGUGAAUUGGCUGAGCUUGCGAAACAAGCAAACCCGGAUGAGAUUGACAUUGAUGAUGAUGACAGUGAUGAAGGUAGUGACGAUGCUGAACCAGAAGUGGUGGAGUUGGAACAAAAGAGUGUGCCCUCUGCUGUGUUUGGAGGACUGAAAGAUGACUGAAUGUAACAAGGCAGUUCUGGAAAGAUCCGAUAUCUCCAGCAGAGGAGGAGUGGUAGCUGCUGCACGGCCAACGAAAGGCGGGUGGAAAACGCGAGGACCCUUGUCUGCUUCAUCAGCUUUAAAGGCCACAUGCUUUACUGAACCUGAUCUCUCAAAUGGAAAAGCAAAACAUGAAACUGAACCACCUGCCUUCAGAGGUAUUGUGAUGUCAGAAUGUGUAAGCAGAAAGGCACUGUGUCAUGUGAUGUAAAUGUGUGUUUUUUCUAAAUGUUACCCCCUCCCAAAUUUAUAAAUCAUCUGUACAGAUUUUAAAGAUUUGUUAAAUAUUAGUGGCA